AUGUCAACAAUCAGCGAGGCGCAAUUGAAUGGCAAUGUCGGUGGUUUAAAUCCACAGCGUCGCCCGGUGGCCCAUUUCCUCCCCGACGACAUACAGAACGGACUCCUUUACCCCCCUGUGAACGGAAACGGUCACAGCAACGGAUUUGACUCAGAUCUCUCCGACGGCGGUUCCUCCACCGGCUCCCCCUCAGAAAACGGAACGAAAACACGCCGCCCAGCCAUGUCUCGCAAGGCGUCAUCCCCCAUGGCCCCGACCUUUAUGGUCUCUGCGCCUGGAAAAGUCAUUAUGUACGGCGAACACGCCGUCGUACACGGAAAGGCCGCCAUGGCCGCCGCCAUCUCCCUCCGAUCCUACCUUCUCGUCACCACUCUCUCCAAAUCACAGCGGACAAUUACUCUCAACUUCAGGGAUUUGGGAUUGAAACACACUUGGGAUAUUGACACCCUUCCCUGGGAUGUUUUCCACCGCGCCGAUAAGAAGAAGUUUUAUUACAGCCUAGUCACUUCUCUUGACGACGAACUCCUCCAAGCACUCGAACCCCACCUUAAACCCGUCUCAGCAGGUCUUCCGGAGGACCAGCGCAAGAUUCACGUUAGCUCCGCCACCUCAUUCCUCUACCUCUUCCUCUCUCUGGGUUCCCCACAAAGCGCUGGCGCCAUUUACACUCUCCGAUCAACCAUCCCCACCGGCGCUGGACUAGGCAGCAGUGCCAGCGUAUGCGUCUGUUUGAGUUCCGCUCUCUUGCUUCAGAUUCGCACACUGGCUGGACCUCACCCCGAUCAGCCACCGGAUGAGGCCGAGACACAAAUUGAACGAAUCAACCGCUGGGCAUUCGUGGGUGAGCUUUGCAUUCAUGGAAACCCUAGUGGAGUGGACAACACGGUCUCCGCAGGCGGAAAGGCUGUGUACUUCAAGCGAACCGAUUACGAAAAGUCCCCCGAGGUCAUCACACUUCCUACUUUCCCUGAAUUGCCUCUCCUUAUCGUCGAUACCCAACAGACCCGUUCCACUGCGACUGAACUAGCAAAGGUUCGCGCUCUGAAAGACGCUCUUCCCGCCGUGACCGAAUCAAUUCUCAACUCUAUUGAUCAAGUCACAUGCUCCGCGCGCGAAAUGAUUGAUGCCCCAGGGUUCCAGGGUGAUUCCAAUGAGACAAUGGCCAAAUUUGGAACUCUGAUUCGCAUCAACCACGGCCUGCUUGUUUCUUUAGGUGUCUCUCACCCCCGCCUCGAGCGUGUUUGCGAGCUGGUCGAAACUGCCAACGUUGGAUGGACCAAGUUGACUGGUGCUGGUGGUGGUGGCUGCACUAUGACGCUUCUCCGCCCUGACGCUGACCCGGUUGCCGUUCAAACGCUCGUGAAGCAGCUUGCCGCCGAGGGUUUCAAUAAAUACCAGACCACUUUAGGUGGUGACGGUGUGGGUGUCCUCUACCCCGCCGUCCUGCGCAACGGCACCGACGAGGAGGGUGGUGAAGAGAUCGACCAACAGAAAUUCGAAGAGGCCGAAGGUCACAUUGGAAUUGAGCGUCUUGUGGGUGUCGCAUUCCCCGAGAAGCGCGAAGGCUGGAAGUUCUGGAAACGUGCGGUUUAA